CAAGGGGGGGGGGGGAGGGAAGCUUUAUUGCCGCCAUUUUACGUGAAUGCAACGCGGUAAGGACAACAUCUUACGCAAAAACACUUCACGCCGAUAAAUUAGUGUUAAAACAAAAAAACUGGGCAUUUAAACGCGACCUGUAAUCGUUUUAUUUAAGCAGAAGGGCCUCUUUUUUUGCGGGUUGUAUCUUCGGUGCUUCCUGCUCGCGCGGUUGCUAGACAACGGAAGAGAAAUGAGUUACGGUAGGCCGCCGCCCGACGUGGAGGGGAUGACCUCUCUGAAAGUGGAUAACCUGACUUACCGAACUUCGCCGGAGACUCUGCGUCGAGUGUUCGAGAAGUACGGUCGCGUGGGUGAUGUUUACAUCCCCCGGGACCGGUACACCAAGGAGAGCCGCGGGUUCGCCUUCGUGCGGUUCCACGACAAGCGCGACGCGGAGGACGCGAUGGACGCGAUGGAUGGCGCGUUGCUGGACGGACGGGAGCUGAGGGUUCAGAUGGCCCGGUACGGAAGACCUCCGGACUCCAUGUACAGCCGGAGAGGGGCUCCGCCACGCAGAUAUGGAGGGUAUGGGCGCAGAAGCAGGAGCCGCUCAGACAGCCCUCGUCGUAGGAGACGAAGCCGCAGCCGCUCCAGGAGCCGAAGCCGGUCCCGUUCCAGGAGCCGCCACCACUAUAGCCGUUCCAGGUCCCGCUCCUACUCCAGGUCCCGGUCCAAGUCUAAGUCAAAGUCCAGAACCCCCAGACGGAGCAAGUCAAAGUCUCCGUCGAGGUCUCGAUCCCGCUCCAGGUCAAAGUCAAGGAGUAGGACCCCACCUUCCAACAGAGGGUCCAAAUCCAGAUCCAGGUCCCGGUCCAAAUCCAAGAGUAGGCCUAAAUCUCCAGAGGACAACGGGGAAGAGUCUUAAUCCAAACUUGGACACAACAUGACGGUAUUCAGGGGGAAAUGGGAUCAUAUUUAAGUCAAGUAUGCAAUCUGAGAUGGCUUACUGCUGUCAUUCAAGUUAGCAUUCUGCAGCGUUGGUGCUUCAAUUCAGAAGCAAAACAAUAUAAGCAACAGUGUCUGCAGAAUCCUGACUGUUUUAGAUAUUCACAUAAGAAAUGUGUACUGAUGUAGUCCACAGUCCGAGCUCUGUGUUUGCUUUUCAUGGCUCAUACGUUUAGCCAAGCUAAAGCACACACAGGCAAAGGCCUAAGAUAUCAAUUAUCUUUUUAAAAAAAAAAAAGGAUAUAAACCAUUUUAUAGUUAUGGGAGGGGGGGGGGGAGUUCUGACGUGGGGUGCUUAACUUUUAACGUUCACCUAAAUGUGGAAUUCUUUCCUCCAAGCUGCUGAGUCCUGUUUGCAAAGAGAGGAGGAGGAGGAGGAGGAGGAGAUGGGGGUGUUGCAGUUUGAGAGCAGUUAGUGUGUGACCUGCCCAUGUGACCUGCCUGUUGCUGAGAGCGAUGGCAGUUGCUAAGGAGCAGGUCGUCAUGGCGGUGGUUCGGGCUGUCAGUUGGUGUUUGAGGUGGUGUGGUGAGGUACGUUCACAGGGAUCACAGGCAGAUGCACUGAGCACUUUUCCCGCCCGUGCCUGUGGUUUUCCCUCCGCCUCUCACAAUGGGAACGGACCCUGAGGUUUGUUUUUCAAAUAUGCCCGAGUGUAAUAGUUUUAUUGGAACUUCUCUUUUUUGGUGAAGGGGUCAAGAAAUUUGUGUUAACAAAUGUAUUAAUGACUUAAGACACUACACACAGAUGGAUGUCCAAUAAAAGCAGAUUUUUACAUGUUAUUGUCGAGGGACAAAAGAAUCAGAAAAGCACUGCUUUGUCAGUAUCCUGUUCAGCUGCAGGAGUUAUAAGUGUCUUUUUGUUUUGCUCUUGUCAACUCUGCUCUAUCUUUCCUUGUAGGUCUCGGAUGAUUGAGCCUGUACUGAGGACAUCAGGAAGAGUCUCACAUUGAGCGAGUGGACUCCACAAUUACAACUGAAUGCUGACUGAAAGGUUAUUGAAGCUUGGUCUAAAAAUGUUUUAAAUUCUUCAUUUGAUGACAUUUUCCUGAACAAAUUGUAAGUUUUGAUGUGAUCAUUGUUUGUAAAGUUCAGCAUAUUGAAAGGGAUCUAUAAGGUUUUUUUGUUUUGGUUUUUUUCUUCAUUAAAUUGGAUGUUUGCAUUUGAUUACAUUCUUGUUAAAUUAUUUGAUUUAUUUUCUCUUUUUUUUUUCUUUUUUUUUCCCCAAGUAACAGAUUUCUUACAUCAUAUCCUUGUUCAAUGCAUUUUCUAGAUGGAUAUGAAAGAUUUUGAUUUCCAAAACUGCAGAAAGGGUUGUCCUGUUUGUACAUUUCAAGUCUUCGGAGCUGUUAAACCACUCGUAAAAAUGACUUGCUGUACAGUAAAACAUUAAAAUAUCUUAGCGCCGCUUAAUUUGUGACUUGCUAAUCUGGAGGAAAGCAUUCUUUUGUCGCAUCACCUUUUUUCCUGUCUCGUAAAAUUUGCUUUCCUAUGACUCUAACCCUCUUUCUUGUGUAUCUUUUGUGCACUAGGCGCAGUUGUGUAGCAGUUGAGUAAUGCUGGUUAGCUGUUAAGAUGCGGUGCAGUGCGGUGGUGACAUGGUGUGGCGUGUUGCGGUGCUGGGUGCCCGGCGCUGUACCGGGGCUCGACCCUCCGCUGCUGUUUGCCGGUUUGUAAGAUCACAGGUGUGACAGAUCAACCAUCCUCUUCUGUCUUGUGACUUCUCCUUCCCUACAUGUGCUGUACAGAUCCUCUCCUUCCCCUUUUCUCUGUUCUCCCUCCUCUCCUUCGUCCUUCCUCUGUGGUUUAUCCACUGUUUAUAACUGGUUUUUGCUCCUUUUUUUUAAAUGGGUCCAGUGUGACUCCAAUUGAAGGGUUUAAAGGGCAGUCCAGGCUGCUUCAUUUGUGUAUUGCAUUCCUCUGUGAACCACUCAGUUGUCUUGUAAUUGCUUCAGGUGAAUGCCAAUAAAUGUCUUUGUCUUACAAAAA